AUGGAAGCGCGCAAGUGGCUUUAUGCGAAAAAGUUCGAAGGUGAACCGACGAGUGCCAAUUUUAGGCUGGUGGAGGAGUUGCUUCCGGAGUUGCAGGAUGGGGAGUUCCUGGCGCAGGCCGAGUUCCUCAGCGUCGAUCCGUACAUGCGUCCGUACAUGGGCCGCUACGAGGAAGGAACUUUGAUGAUUGGCGGACAAGUGGCCAAGUUCGACAGCCGGAACGAGAAGUACCCCCGUGGGUCGAUCGUGUACGGAGAGUUUGGCUGGCGGACGCAUACUAUCUGCAACCCGGACAAAUACAACGGUGGUUUUGACUUGUACCUGCUGCCCGAGUUCGGUUCGUUGCCACUUAGUUUGGGUUUGGGUAUUCUCGGAAUGCCCGGUAAUACGGCGUACUUUGGGUUUUUGGAGCUCUGUACUCCCAAGGAGGGCGAAACGGUUGUUGUCAGUGGCGCAGCAGGGGCAGUUGGAAGCGUCGUUGGUCAAAUUGCCAAAAUUAAAGGCUGCCGGGUGAUUGGAAUUGCCGGAUCAGACGAAAAAUGUAGUUGGCUCAAGGACCUGGGAUUUAAUUAUACGAUCAACUACAAAACUGCUAACGUGGCAGAAGAACUCAAGAAAGGAGCACCGAAAGGAGUGGACUGUUACUUUGACAAUGUGGGAGGAACCAUUACUGAGGCCGUGAUGCGCCAGAUGAAUCUGAAUGGACGGAUUUCCGCUUGUGGGACCAUUUCCAACUACAGUUCCAUGCCGAUCAAGGUGCUGGAUCCACAGACGGAUGUCGUUUUCAAACAACUCAAAAUGGAGGGAUUCAUUGUGACCAAAUGGAGCGCUCGUUGGAUGGAAGGUUUGACAGGCUUGAUGCAGUGGAUCAGAGAAGGCAAGCUCAAGUACCAAGAAACGGUAACAAAUGGAUUCGAAAACAUGCCUCAAGCUUUUAUGGACAUGUUGAAGGGUGCCAACACUGGAAAGGCAGUUGUGAAGGUUUAA